AUGAGCCACAUUCAGAUUCCGCCAGGGCUCACGGAGCUGCUACAGGGUUAUACGGUGGAGGUGUUGCGACAGCAGCCGCCCGACCUUGUCGACUUCGCCGUAGACUACUUCACCCGCCUGCGUGAGGCCCGCCACCUGGCCCCAGUCCCGCUCGCCGCCGCCCCUACUCGCGUUUCCUACGGGCCGGAGCCCAGCUCCGAACCCGUCGCCGAUUCGGACGAGGAAUCGGAGGAGGAAUCAGACUUGGAAGUUCCAGCUCCUAGCAGAUUUAAUAGGCGGGUAUCAGUCUGUGCUGAGUCCUAUAACCCUGAUGAAGAAGAGGAAGAUACUGAUCCAAGGGUAAUUCAUCCCAAAACAGAUGAACAGAGAUGCAGACUUCAGGAAGCUUGCAAAGAUAUUCUCCUUUUCAAAAAUCUUGAUCAGGAACAGCUUUCUCAAGUCCUUGAUGCCAUGUUUGAAAGGAUAGUGAAAGUUGAUGAGCAUGUCAUUGAUCAAGGAGAUGAUGGAGACAACUUUUAUGUCAUAGAACGCCCAGAGGAUUUAGGGCAGGAUCGGCUGACUUUUAGACGAAUCAUAGUGAAAAACAAUGCAAAAAAGAGGAAGAUGUUUGAAUCAUUUAUUGAAUCUGUACCCCUUCUUAAGUCAUUAGAGGUGUCAGAACGAAUGAAGAUUGUGGAUGUAAUAGGAGAGAAGAUCUAUAAGGAUGGAGAGCGCAUCAUCACUCAGGGUGACAAGGCUGACAGCUUUUACAUUAUAGAGUCCGGUGAAGUGAGCAUCUUGAUUAAAAGCAAGACUAAGACAAGUAAGGAUGGUGGGAACCAGGAGGUUGAGAUCGCCCGCUGUCAUAAGGGGCAAUACUUUGGAGAGCUUGCACUGGUCACCAACAAACCCAGAGCUGCUUCAGCUUAUGCAGUGGGAGAUGUCAAAUGCUUAGUUAUGGAUGUACAGGCGUUUGAGAGACUGCUGGGGCCCUGCAUGGACAUCAUGAAGAGGAAUAUCUCACACUAUGAGGAACAGCUGGUGAAGAUGUUUGGUUCCAGCAUGGAUCUGAAUGACCCUGUGCAGUAG